ACAGGUCUGACAGGAUGCGUUGGCUGGGCGGGUGGGCGUGGCGAGUGGGCGGCGCAGUGGGCGUCAUGUGGCUGGUGGGCGUGGCGCUGUUCGCUCCGCCCAGUCCUUCGCCGAGCGCCAGCGACCCCCGCCUCGCGCAGCGCCUCCAGCGGGCGGUGCAGGAGCUGGACAUCCUCAAGAAGCAGAACGAUGACAUCAGACAGGUCCUGCAGGACUUCACCAAGCAAGUGAGCUCCCUGAACGGGGAGGCGCCCUCGCACGGCAACACGGCCAUGGUGGCUGAGCUGCAGAAGAAGCUGGAGCACGCUCAGCGUAUGUUACAACAAGCUGAUGCAACUGCUGACCACAAGACAGGCCCCUCGGACUUCACGCCCUCGCUGGAGUUCGAGAAGACGCGUCGCCUGGUGGAGCGCGGCGUGCAGGAGAGCUGGUGGUACGUCGCGGACCAGCUGCAGCAGCUCCGGAAGAAGCUGGACGCCUUCUCGGACCACACGGCGCACAUCGACCGCGUGCUGGAGGAGGGGGUCGACCACGUGCGGGCUGCGGCUACGGGUGCCAGAUCCACCACGUGGUCUACUGCUUCAUCGUGGCCUACGGCACCAAGAGGACGCUGAUUCUCAAGUCCCGCGGCUGGAGGUACAACAAGGCCGGCUGGGAGGACGUGUUUCAGCCUCUCAGCGAAACGUGUACAGACCUCUCGGGGUACACGCACUCGCACUGGCCAGGAUCGAACGAGACGCAGGUGGUGGACCUCCCGAUCAUCGACACGCUGUCCCAGAGGCCGCCCUACCUCCCCCUGGCCAUUCCCAGGGACAUCUCGGACCGCCUGACGCGGCUGCACGGGGACCCGGCCGCCUGGUGGGUCGGCCAGUUCCUCAAGUACAUGCUCAAACCGCAGCCCAAGACGCAGGAGAUGCUGGACAGCAUGUCCGACUCGCUGGGAUUCCAGAAGCCGAUUGUGGGAGUGCACGUGCGGAGGACGGACAAGGUGGGCACGGAGGCCGCCUACCACUCCAUAGACGAGUACAUGAAGCACGUCGGGGAGUACUACAAGGCGCUGAGUCUGCGUCAGCCCGACAUCGUCAAGAGGGUGUACCUGGCCUCCGACGACCCCACCGUCAUCACCGAAGCCCAGAAGAAGUUCCCCGACUACACGUUCAUCGGCGACUCGAACAUCGCGCGAACGGCGGCCGUUGCAACGCGCUACACGGAUGCGUCGCUCAAGGGCAUCAUUGCAGACAUACACUUCUUAUCGCUUACAGAUUACCUGGUUUGCACCUUCUCGUCUCAGGUGUGUCGUAUAGCGUAUGAAAUUAUGCAGACUUUACAUCCAGAUGCAUCCAGCUAUUACCGAUCUCUGGAUGAUAUUUAUUACUACGGUGGACAAAAUGCACACAAUCAGAAGGCAAGAUUCCCACACACUCCACGCAAAUCAGACGAGAUGAUUUUGAAAGCUAAUGAUGUUGUGGGCAUUGCGGGUAACCACUGGAAUGGUUACUCAAAGGGCGUGAACAGGAGAACACGGCAAAACGCCCUUUACCCGUCAUAUAAAAUGGAGGAAAUCGUUGACAUAGCAGAUUUCCCAUCAUACGCCGAGGUUGAUAAAAGAAGCGGGACAUGAAUGAUAGCGAAUACUUAGGUACUUUUUUUCUAGAUAGAUUUUAGCUGGCAAAUUAUCUUGAGAUUUAUAUUAUUUUGUGAUAUAUUUUAAAAAUACAUUCUGUUGUGGUGAGAUUUUUUCUUUUUAAUGAAUGAAAUCAGGGAUAUGUUUUAGCUUUUUCUUUCCAUUAUGUUCAGUCCGAGGAGUGGCUGUGAACAAAGAUUCACACGAGGCAAGGAAAGGGACUUGUUAGUUUCUCUCACUGUAUCCCAGUUUGAGGCAUUAGGAAGGCACUCUAGUUUGAUGGUUCAGUCACUUGAUAAAUCAUCACAUCAUGAAUGUUUGUUGCAGGUCCAAUAUUUCCUGUAUAUUCUCCUUCUCCACAUGUGAAAUGCAUUAGCAUUUUCAUGUGAUUCUUGUUUUAUUUAUUGAAGUGAAGAAAGGGCAGAGUUGUGUGGGAAAUUUUUAAGAUAGGGAAAACUGUGUUUAAAAAAAAGCACCGCCAUUAUCUUAUAUUUGUUACAUGUAAACUAGCAGUGCUCAGGGUAGGUGGCAAUUUUAGAAAUGGUUUCACAGACAGACUGAUAUUUGGACAUCAAUGGCUAUCAAAUGUUCGCACCCUAAACUCAUGUUGUUAAUUGUAUCCAUGCAGUAAAUGUCAUGGAAGAGAGCCAUGCCAUGUCUUAAUAUGUCUGUGGUUUUAUAAGAAGUUCUUUAUUACAGAUUUUGAUGUGUGAAUUAAAAUGUUUCAUGUGCUCACAGUAAAUGCUCCCCACCAUAUGUGUUGUGAAAGACUUCCCUUCAAGGCACUGAAGAACAAUGAGCAAACAAUUCUUCCUACUGAGAUUCAGUUCCUUUUUUUCCCAUUCAUUCUUUUUCGUUUCAGUUCAAAUAUUUGUUGGUGCAUUGUUGCCCCCCCCCCCCUUAGAAUAACACCUCUGAAAAUGUAAAGAGUGCUAUUUGAGUAUUCAUUACACAUGGUGCCUGACAAAGUGCUAUGUCCAUUGCUAUUAAACCUUCUCCCUUUGUAAAGAAAUACUGAACACCACUGUUUAGAAAUAGGCACUCCUGUUGGCCUUUCAGUUUACUGCCAGUAACCCGAGAUGUUUUGGAAAUUAGAAAAUUUGAUUUAACUUAAGGAGCUUUUACUGUUUUCAUUUGGACCAUUAUUAAUCAGUGCAGUUUUCAGUAAUGAGCAAAAUACAUCUGCAGAACCCUCCACUUCCAUGUCCACCACCCAGUGUUGCCAAUGCUUUGACCAGCUGCUCUGAUUUGUACAUUCAAAAAAGGCACCGUACUUCUGUGCGUGUUUUGGAUACCAGAAUCGAAACUGGCAGUUGACACUUUGGUAAUACUGAAUGCUGAAAUUGGAACUGAACUGGACUGCACGUCAGUCAAUUGUUAUUUUACUGAGAAGGAUAAGUGGAGUGAUGAAACUUACUUUGUAUUAAAGUACUAAAAUACCAGAAAUGUUACUGUAGUGGUAUUUAUCAUUCUAGUUUUAUAUGGAAUGUAUUUAAAUUCUCAUCAAUAUAUGAUGGUAGAAUCCACAUUUGAUACCAAACAAAAGAGUAUUUUGCAUAAAUAUAUGAAUUGAAUACCACUAACAUGUAUAAUUUUAUAUUGUCUUAUUCUUGAGUUGUCCCUUUUUGGAGGAUAAUUUUCUUCGGGAAAAAUGGAUCCCAAAAUAUGUAUACAUUAUCUGUGUUUAUUAAAUAAUACAUUGAUAAUGAAAUCAUAAACAUUGCUGUUGAUUUUACAUAUAUUUGAUGUAUGAUUAACUUUAUAUGGUAGAAGAAACCAAAUAAUUGUUUGAAAUUUAUGUUGUUUCAGUGGAUUGGCUCUUGAAGACUAGGAGGAAGGAGUCAUUUUGUACGAAUGCUGAUUACUCUAACUUAAUGCAACAUUUCUGGUCCUAUGCUGUAAUUGAAGGGAAAUUGGGCAUUAGUAUCCUAUGACACAUGAUUGAAAGGUAAUAUAAUAUUGCCUUGUAGGAAUUCCAUUCAUUUUUAUGUAAGUAUUGGUCAUUUAUGUCUUGUGUAUGAAAUGAAAUUUUUCAUUAACAUUUUUGUCAUUUAAGUCUGAAUUUAAAUAGGACCACAUAUUAGCCUUAGGUACUUGUAGCAUGAUCCCAGACAGGUGCCUAUGUGUGACAAAUUGUUCAUAAUUAAUGGGCACUAAGGACACCUGAAAUUUGCAACAUGGAUUUGCAAAGAACUUAAAGCUAAUUAUCAUCAGGCCAUAUUGGUUCUGAUUUUUUCUUUUCUUUUCCACAUUUUUUUCUAUAUGAAAUCAUUUCUAAGAUACAUGCUAUAUGUACCUUAUUUUAUGCUUUUUGGAAUACGAAUAUAAAUCCUAUAACGCAAGUUGAAUUAUACUUCUAAAUCAACUGUCAGUAUUACCUGGUUUUGUGGUAGUAUGAGCAGCAUCUUGUUCUCGUGGUUACUGGCUAUUGAGGGUUCUCAUAAAUAAAUCUUAUAUCUUGUUUCCAUGUUAAGUUUGUAUGUCUGUGAAUUUUGACAAUCACCUAUAUAUAUCUUGUAAACUUUUUUCUGGCAGAUAUUUUGAAUGGUUGAAUUUAGGAAUAUAUUACAAUUGCCACAAGUAACUUUUAUAAUUAGCAGUUAUGUUGCUCAUUCAGAAGAGGUGUUUAACUGUUUUGUAUAACAACACCAAAAGAAAAAAGAAAAGUAUACAUUAUUUAUAGGGAACAUUGAAAAAUAAGGCUAUUACCAUCAGUUAUGCAAAUGAUUUUACUGGAAAACAGAUUGAAUUUACAGUAGACAGUAUAUUAUUUUAUGGAUAAAGUACUCAGUAUUUAUAGAAUCAUCACUAAUGUACAAAUGACAAAAAAUGUUCUUGAAUAAUUUUCAUUUCACAGGGGAAUAAGUAUCACUAUCAGUUUAAUUAAAAUAAAUGGAUUUCAUGCAGUACAGUGUCAUGUUACAUUUUUCAUUUUUAGUUAUGGCCUUUGUUUCCAAAGAAGUACCAAAUAUAAAAUUUACUUCAGGUGAGAUUGCCUGAAUGAAACCCCACAAUGAAAAUUCCCUCAAAGUUAUCAUGAAAUGUUAUUAAUUAUGUGGGAGCAUUAUAGGCUAGCAUUGGUAUUCAGGGUCUGUGGAUCUUACCAGCAAAAGAUCUGCAGUUCCAAAGACAGAGGACUUUUUCUCUGUCUGCCUAUCCACCACAAACAACAGAAAAUUAAGAUAAUAUACAAUGGUAUUUUUCACCAGACGAAGUUCACUGUGCAAUAAUUAAGUUGAAAAUCAAUAGUGAUGCUUAUGAUAUCUUUAUAUACAAUUUCCAAGCCAGAGCUUUUCAGAGAAAUAUAUAUUUUUAGGAUGCAGAGUUUCCUGAAAGAAAUAACCCACGAAAUAGGGAUAGCAAGAACAUCUGUGACAACUAAGAAAAUAAUGUAUAUAGCAUAAUUGUAUAUAUGUACAUAAUAUUCACUAGUAUCAAUUGUAUUAGUGUCAACAUUAAUUCACUCCACAAUUAUCUUGAUACUGUUGGAAAAAAGAAAGAUGUUUUAUUUUAAAAGCACUUGAAUUAAAGCAAAUUUGAAAAUAUACCUGGAAAGUAAAAAUUUCCAUUAAUGGCUUGGUGUUUCUUUGUCUCUUUGUUUCCACCCUUUUCUUUUGUGCAUAAUAUACAAUUCUCAUAUAGAAAAGAAGAAAAGAAUUGGUGCUGAAAGAAUAUGUAUAUUAAGUUCAAUAUAUGUUCCCCUUCCCAAAUGAAGAAACUGAUUGUUUAAAUGUAAUAAUGAUAAUGAAGUGAUUGUGAGCUCUUCUUUGUAUGACGUCUAAUGAACAGUUGUAACCUGUUUCUUGUAUUUCCUAAUAGUGUUCAUCUUCAACAAACUUCAUUGUACAUUCCUGUUUUAUAGAAAAAAGAGAUUGUAUGAAAUUCUAAAAAAAAAUAAAGAACAAAAGUUA